AUGGGCAGCCUGGACCUUCGUCGGAACUACGCCGACCGCCGACGCGGCACCAUCGGCAAUACCUACACCGCCGAGCAGUUCUGCCAGAUCAUGAUGAGGGUGCUGCCGACAUGGGCGGCGGCGGCGUGGAACCCGCGGGCAACCACUCCGUCGCAGACGCUGUGGCGAUUCCUGCUCGUCAAGGUGCUCACGCUACUCUCCCACCACUCUCUCCUGCGCGCCGCCAGCAUCCGCGAGAUCACGCUCCCCGCCGUCUUCUUGUACCACCCGGCGAGCACCUCGGAGGUGAACCCGGAUAGCCAGCCGGUCGUCAUGGUGAUCGCCGCGCGUAACUCGAAGACUUCCAAGGAUGCCCGUCUUCAGCAUGAGCUACGCGGCGCGACACCUGGAAGCGGAGCUGUGCGCCAUCGGCGAGACCGGCCUGUGGCUGCACUUCAUCCUCGACCAGAUCGGUUAGUUCUCCGGCACCGACUUCCUUCCGCCGCUUGA